GUGGCGUCUCACAAGCUAACGCCAGCUAGCGAGCUGUCAAGCUGUCAAGUGGAGAGGCUGGAGCAGACGGUUCAGCUUCCCUCCCUGGCUUGGCCGUUCAUUAUUCUCUCCCUCAGAAACACAAGAGCCGAGCUUAUUCUUUUGCUCAACAGCUGAGAUAAUGUAAUGCAAAACGGGAGCGCGUAAAGAGGGAGCACAGUUCCAGAGUUUAUAUGCACUGAGUGUUGAGUGACGACAGUUCACUGCUAGCUGUAAGCUAGCUAGCUUAGCCACCGCUAACCCUUACAUUUCGUCGUUGAACACCUUCUGGUGGUAACUGCGGACACUCGGUCCCUAUUGCACAUUGCGUUGCUGUCAUUUGAUAAUUUCUCUGCUUGGUUGUUGGAGGGACACAAUGGGGGCAUUUCUGGACAAACCAAAGAUGGAAAAGUACAAUUCCCAUGGCGAGGGUAACAACCUGAGGUAUGGGCUGAGCAGCAUGCAGGGCUGGCGGGUUGAGAUGGAAGACGCACACACUGCUGUGAUCGGUCUGCCCCACGGUCUCGAUCCCUGGUCGUUUUUCGCCGUGUACGACGGGCACGCUGGGUCUCAGGUGGCUAAGUACUGCUGCGAGCACCUUCUGGAGCACAUCACUAGCAACUCAGACUUCCAAAGCGCCAUUCAGGAGGACACCAGCGUGGAGAGCGUGAAAAAUGGCAUCCGCACAGGAUUCCUACAGAUCGACGAACACAUGCGAACCAUCUCGGAGAAGAAGCACGGCGUGGACCGCAGCGGCUCCACCGCAGUAGGUGUGAUGAUCUCGCCAAGCCAUAUCUACUUUAUCAACUGUGGAGACUCGCGGGGUCUCCUCAGCAGGGGGGGAGCCGUGCACUUCUUCACUCAGGAUCACAAACCCAGCAACCCGUUGGAGAAGGAGAGGAUCCAGAACGCCGGCGGCUCGGUCAUGAUCCAGCGAGUUAACGGCUCCCUCGCUGUGUCUAGAGCCCUGGGUGACUUCGACUACAAGUGUGUCCAUGGAAAAGGCCCAACGGAGCAGCUUGUUUCCCCAGAGCCUGAGGUGUACGCAAUAGAAAGAAGCGAGGGGGAAGAUGAAUUUAUUAUACUUGCUUGUGAUGGCAUCUGGGAUGUCAUGGCCAACGAGGAACUCUGUGACUUUGUGAGGUCAAGGCUGGAAGUUACAGAGGAUCUUGAAAAAGUCAGCAAUGAGAUUGUUGACACUUGCUUGUACAAGGGGAGCCGGGACAAUAUGAGUGUUGUGUUAAUCUGCUUUCCUGGGGCCCCGAAAGUUUCUCCAGAAGCUGUGAAACGUGAGGCGGAGCUGGACAAAUAUCUCGAAGCCAGAGUAGAAGAGAUAAUCAAAAAGCAGGGAGAUGAAGGCGUCCCAGAUUUGGUCCACGUUAUGCGGACGUUAGCGUCUGAGAGCAUCCCGAACCUCCCUCCUGGUGGAGAGCUGGCCAGCAAACGAAGUGUUAUUGAAGCAGUGUACAACAAACUUAACCCGUACCGAAGCGAUGACACUGACUCGGCAUCUACAGACGACAUGUGGUAACACACCCUCCUACCACUAACACAACAUAGAGUUUACAAACCACCAUCUUCUCAAGACCCACAGCAGCUCAGCUCAGCAGUCUGUCUCUCCGUCACUCUGAGCUUUUGGUUUCUAAGAAGGGAAUACAUGGGAGGAGGAGGAAGAGGAGGAGGAAGAGUUGCAUGCACACAAACCUGGAAUAGUGCAGCACCAGUCCACUCUGGAGUUCAGGAUCCCCACCAUCUUGUCUCCCUUUUUAUGUUCACCCUCCUUAUUAUUCUUCUCUAAAAGUAACCCACAAACAAGUGAGUCCACAAGUUUUUUCUUUUGUUAAAUAAUCCGCCUGAAUAGUAAAGAUUUUCUUUUGCUGUAAUUAAUUUGAUUCACAUUUCCUUGUGUGUUUGUAUAUUUCUGUUUUUGUGAAGUGCAAUUGUCCUGUACAAACAGCCUGUAUUUAAUGCAGCUUGAUUUUAAGUUUAAGAACGAGAAAGAGAGAGAGAGAGAGAGGGGGGCAAAAAAAUGAAAGAAAUGGAAAAAAGAGAACUUUUUAUGCACUAUCUGCCUUUUUCUGCUCUUCUGAAAUUCAAAUGUUUAUUCAGUGAAUAUUACCGCAGCGUCCGCAAGGCACAAUGUCUCUGCUUUUUACUUUCUUCUGCAACACUUUUCCUUUUUUCCCCCUUCAGUUAGUCUAUGCUCCUUUUAAGAAACGGGUAAAUUGUAUAAUUGACAGCACAGUAAGCUCUCUAUAUCAAACAGUUGAAAUCCUCAUCAGUUUUGUUUUGAUUUUACUUUCAUAACAGGUUUUCUGUACACACUCUAAUAAUAAUAAUAAUAAUAAUAAUAAUAAUGGCAGUUUGACAGAACAAAGUGGAAAAAUCGUUCUUUUUGUCCAUUUUUAAGAGGCAUUGACUUACUGGUGUUGACUGUUUGUGGAUAGAUGUUUGCAGGCGUGUGUGUGUGUGUGUGUGUGUGUGUGUGUGUGUGUGUGUGUGUGUGUGUGUGUGUGUGUGUGUGUGUGUGUGUGUGUGUGUGUGUGUGUGUGUGUGUGUGUGUGUGUAUAGCUAGGCUGUUGUAUGGAGCUGGAGUUUAAGGGAAGAGUCCCCCCCGACCCCCAAAAACCGCCAUGCUUUAACUCGGAACAGCUUUGGAUAAUAAAAUAAAAGAUGCUGUUAUUCUGUGACGAACUAAGUUAACCCGAUUUGGCCUGAACUUAUAAAUUUAUUGUGUCAUAUUUAGAAAAACUAAUUCCUAAACAUCCAAGUAGACCACUAUAGGUGCCAUAUUUUGUUAUUUUUAAUCUUUAUUGCAGCCUAUGCAAAUUAAUUUCUGUGGUUUCCUCAUCAGCUAAUUUGAUUUGAACUGUUUUAAGCACUGAUUUUCUAAGAUUAAUGUUUUAAAAAGAAAAACUAUUGGCUCUUAUUUUAAUAGGACUAUUUAUUUCUCCUGGUCUUUAUGUGAACCAAGAACAAAUGCAUCACUUAAAUCUGUCCUGCUUCACCAUAAACCACAGCAGAGAGUUUGCUGCUGUUUGUCUGUUAUGUGGGUUAAAUUUUUUUAAAAAUAUAUAUAGAUAUAUAUUUCUAAUUUCCCCCAGAAAAUAACUAAAUAAAUCACUGACUAAACAUGUAUUUAACAACACAGUAGAUGUAUUUCUGAAAGAGAAAUGCUUUUAUUUCAGAUUUCUGCCAUUUUCCUUUUUGUCUUGCAUUGUUAUGAUUUUUUUGUAUGUAUAUAAUAUUUCUGGCCUAAUUUUUUUUGAGGAAUAAAUCAUUUCGCUUGAGUAUUUUUUUUCAAAUGCCAUUUAGCCUAAAUGUGAAAUCAACUUUUCUUCUAAUCAUUUUGUAAAUGUUUCAUUAAUGUAGAACAGAGUAAUAAUUUGCUAAAUUUAUAAUCUUUAAUUUAUCUUUAAAAGAAAAAAUAAAAAGACAAUCCUAACUGCUUCGCCACAUUUCUGUUUGUGGCGAGUUGUUAAAUCGUAAAAAUCAGACUUCAAGCUGCUUUCCUAUUGUGCUUUUAUGGCAAAAAAAUAAAAAUAAAAUCCCCACCAAAGACCUUUCUGAUUCGACAAAAAGAAAAACCCAACCAAACUCCUGCAGUGUAAACAAAAACUCAAUUUCUCUUUUUAUUUUUUUUGGUUUUUAAAGGUACUCGCUGGUGUUUUGGUAAAAAAAAAGAAAAAAGAAAAAACGUUUCCUUUAGGUGGCUGCAGGGGGCGCUAGUGUGGAUAAGAAGAAUUGGUUUAAUGUGUCUGAAGCAGGAUUAAACUUUAAGACUGAGAGUUCAAUUAGUUCAGAAACACUGAACAUAAGCUCCACAGAACCAGUCGGUUUAUAAACUACUAAUAAAAGUUAAUAAAUUAUUUAAUCAAAGCGACAUAAAGAUGAAAACAGAUGAACUGCAGUGUGUUUAACUCCUUCAAAAAUGUAAAGAACUGUAUCUACAUUCUGUAAAAUAGUUGGACUUAUUCACCGUGUUUGAGCAAAGAUGAUUUCUAUUGUAUAUAAAAGCGUAUUUUGUUGUUUCUUUGUUUGUUUUUGGUCAAGCAGCUCUUUUGAUUUGCUCUGCAUUGCUUGUAUUUAAGCGCAGUAGAUGUCUCCUAACACCUGCCAGCAUUCACACCUGGUAGGUAUCAACCUCUGCAUCACUUAUUUUAAAAUUAGGAACAAAUGUUUGCUUGUGUGAUUUACAGAAAUCAAACUGCUUUUAAAAAAACCUGUUUAUUAAGUUAACUUUUAUGUUUUUUGUUGUUUUUAGCAAAUAUUUGUGUUUGCCCAUUCAUCCUUUUGCCGUUAUUUUAAAUGAACUACGAAUGAUCCCAAACAAUUUCUGAUGAACUGGAAUACCUCAUUAUCUUUCUGGUAGUUUUGGUCGACUUUUAGCUCAUUUUAGUUCCUUUUUGUUGUCGUUUUAAAACCCGAUUACCCAAUUAGAAGUGGGAAAUGCCAUAGUUCAGGGUUUGAAUUAAUAAAAUACAGUGGAUGAGGAAGCUUCUGCUAACGACACUGCAAAAACACAAAACCUAUUUAAAAUAUUUUCCUGUCUUGGCAUGCUUUUAAUAAGACAAAACUAACUUGUUUAGCAAGAUAGUAGUUCCUUAAUACUGAUGGAAAAGGCGCCAGCUCUACUGACAGAUUAUUUCACUUAUAAAAAGAUAUUUUUAUCAUGUUGAAAGUGAAAUAAUUUGCCAGCAGAACUUGUAAAUUUUCAUCAAUAUUAAGGAUAUAUUGACUUAAAACAAGCUCAUAAAUUUAGCUAAAAAGUUACUUUCAAGUGAGUAUAUGUGUUACAAUAUUUGCAGUAGAAAUGGACUUUGUGUUUUUGCAGUGUAGAAAAGAAAAAUUUCAGUCCAACACUGCAAAAACACAAAAAAAUUUUUUGCUCUAUUUUCUAGUGUAAAUAUCUUAAACUAACUUACCAAUAACUUUUCAGGAGCUUCAUUUAAGUAAACAUUUCCUUAUUAUUAGUGGAAAACAUUCUAGUUCCACUGGCUGAUUAUUAAAACAAGACAUUUUAUCAUGUUAUAAAUUAAAUAAUCUGCCUGUGGAAGUAGAAUUUUUUCCAACAAUAAUAGGGAAUUAUUUACUUAAAACAAGCUCCUAUAUGUUGCUGAAAAGCUACUUUUAAGAUAUUUGUCUGAUUUCUAGUGUGUUAAGAUCCUUCCAUUGGAAACUACAAAAACACUUGCUAAGAUUUUGUGUUUUUGCAGUGUGUGAAUUAUUUUUAAUGGCUUCUUUUCGUGUCGUCAAACCUUCUCCGAUCCCCCGCUGAGUGGGCCGCUUUUCUGCAGCAGGGAUCGCUGCCUGCUGCAGCGUGCCAAAGCAACAUCCACAGAAACGUAGUUGCUGAUUGUUGUGCGACUAAGUAAGUAACAGUAGUCAUAUGCACUGAUCAUCUGUCUAAUCAUCUAAUUUUGUUAUUGUAUAAAAUGAAUUAUAAAGCUAUUUACAGAGUUACCUUUGGUUGCCUGGAAUGCAUCCUGUAUAUUCUUGUAUGGAGGACUACCUAGCAGACUAGAGAGAUUUUAAAUGCUCGCGCCCCUCAUGUACAUAUCGAUGUACCUGUGUCGUGGCGUUUACUGUGUGACCCUUAGUGGUGGUUUUUCGUCCCCUUGCUGGGUGACCCGAGCCUCACUUCGCUGAUCUUUUUUCAGCUCAUGAAUAAGCUCACCGAUUUGCCUUACCCAAAUCUCAUGUUGCCCCCUUUCACCUCCUGCACUGCAAAAACACAAAAUCAGAAAACAGUAUUUUUGUUCUACGUUUCAGGUCAAAUAAUUUAAUUCGCUUGAAAACUAAUUUCCAAGUAACUUUUUAGCAAUAUGUUGUUUUCUGUCAAUAAUUUCUUGAUAUCGAUGAGAAAAAAGUACUUAUUUCACUUGUAACCCAACAUUUUUCCAGUAUUAUAAGUGAAUUAAGUACUGCACUGCAAAAACACAAAAUCUUCCUAAGUAUUUCUGUCUAGGUUUUAGUGCAAGUAUCUUAAAAUAAGACAAAACUAACUUGCAAUUAAAUUUUCAAACAGAUAUAGGAGCUUGUCUGAACAUUUAAUUUCCUAAUGUUGAUUUAAAAAAAAAAAAAAAAACUGUACUAGUUCCACUGGCGAAUUUUUUUUUCUCUUAUAGUUUCAUUUUUCUCAUAUUUUAAGUGAAAUAAUCUGUCAAUGGAAGUAUUACUAUUUUUUUUAAUAAAUAUAAAAGUCCUGAUAAAGGAAUUAAAUGUUGAAAGAAUCUUCUAUCUUUCUGAAAAGUCACUUGUAAAGUCAGAUUUGUCUUAAUUAAAGUACAAAGACAGAAGAAACCAGACAAAAAUAUUUGAAAAGAUUUUGUGUUUUUGCAGUGUAGUUCUUUUUCAUGACUAUUAAAUAACUCUUAACUUAAAACAAGCUCUCAAAACUUGCUUAAAAGUUACAUUUAAGUUAGUUUCAUAUUUGCAAACUAAGCAGAAAUAUUCUGACAUUUUGUGUUUUUGCAGUGUAAACUUAUUGCCCUUCCACCUCCACUAAAUAAAAAAAUAAAAAUAGUUUAAAAAAAAACACUACGAGGAUGAACACUGCUGCUGACAUUACAGCUUACAGAUGAGAAACUUUUUAUUUUUUAAGGUACUGAAUCUGUCCCGGCUGUCACAAGGUACAACUUUCUACCCACGUCGCCACAUCUGGUCCCAGACAGAGGCUUGUUUUUAUUUCCAAUGCAAAUGAUGUCAUACAUUUAACGAAUGCAAGUGUUUUGAACAUGGUAACCUCGUAAAGCAUUCAAGGUGUGCAAACAUACAUUAAUGUACCUGCUCUAUUUAUGAUCACAUAGAAGAAUAGCUUUAGAGUGCUGUAGUUAAAUAUUGUCAGUGUUGAUUCAAAUGCUUCUCAGAGGCCUCUGUGAGUGAUUUUACAAAGUUCAAUAACUGUAUAUUUUGUAUUAUGUUCUAGCUCCAAAGGAAUGACAGAAAAAAAUGUUUAAAAAAAAGCUUUGUUCCCUGAACUAAAUUGUAUUAUUUGUGUUGUCGAUUGAACAAAUUGCAUUCCUUGCUUGUGAAUAGAUGCAUUUUUCUCCCUGCUCCUUAAAUUUUCUCCUUCUUUUCCUUCCUUUCUUUCAUUUUUUUUUUUAGCCAUUGAAGUUUGAAUAAAAUUUCUAGUUUGCAGAAUGUAUUACUAAAUAAAUGGGUUGUCAUCUUGUA